CUGUCUGUCAUGAUCAGGACGUGCCGCAGACUUGCAUUCAGUAGCCGUGUAGGCUGCUGAUCUCCAGAUUUUCUCCAAAUUCCUAUUCCCAGAUCUCUUUGAGCGAAUAGGUGGAGGAGCCAUGCUUUCAUCAGCAGCGCAAUAUCCCCUCGAGGGUGGAUGCCCAUGCAAAGCAGUCCGAUACCAAAUCCAAACGGCACCCCUAUUUGUCCACUGCUGUCAUUGCACAUGGUGCCAGCGCGAAACCGGCUCGGCCUUCGUCAUAAACAUCCUCAUCGAAGCAGACCGCGUCACCCUACUACAAGGAGAUAAUGGCGAGUCCAAUCUCGAAGUCAUCAACACGCCAUCUGCGAGCGGUUUCGGCCAGCAGAUCUCCAGGUGCAAAAGCUGCCGUGUCGCCGUGUGGAGCACCUACGGCGGCUCCGGGCCAAUUGUACGAUUUGUGCGCGCAGGCACGCUCGACCAGGCCUCUCUGGUCUCUCCGGAUGUACAUAUCUAUACCACCACCAAAGCUCCCUGGCUUACCUUUCCGGAUAAUGUUCCUGUGCUAGAGGAAUUUUAUGUUCUCGAGCAGAAGUGGCCGGAAGAGAGCCUUGCGCGGCGACAGACGUAUAUGCCUCUUGUUGAAGAGUAUCGGCGGCAGAGAGCAGCAAGGAAGGGUUGAAACUAUGGCCAUAUCAGAGUGCGUGUUUGGGGGCUGCAGGGACCUAUUAUUGUUAUCCUGCUGGCAUUGAUACCUUGUUGGCCCUGAUCAUAAUUGUUGCUGGGUUCCAUUGGAAGCACCUGAACGAAUUAAAAUGCUGGUUUCAACCAUGAGCUUCUGAGGAUGCCGUUGUGGAUGAAGUUUAUUCAUUAAUGCUAGUAAAAUUUUGUGUGCUUUGGGAUGUAGUUAUCUCUGGCCCCAUUCUCUUUGAAUUUUGUCGCCUGGGAAACGCUUCUAUAGUAUUCUGCUAUGAUGGUCUUACGGCAGGUAAGAUAUCGCACACAAAACUAUAUUUUAGGAACACGAAAAUUUAGCUGUAGGAAGUUUCCGG